AUGACCGUGAGAAGUGCUUUAGCGGUUGGAUACCUGGAAUUUCCACUCUCAGUUGUUGAGCAGAUGAUCAAGAUGUAUGAUUUUGAUAGGAAUGGUACUAUGAGCUUUGAAGAAUUUGUUGCACUCAACAAGUUCCUUAUUAAGGUUCAACAUGCAUUUUCUGAUCUUGAGAGGGGUCGUGGCUUUCUUGUCCUUGAUGACGUUUUUGAGGCAUUGGUAAAGAUUGGCUUCACGCUGGAUUCUCCUGCAUUUUACUCUGCCUGUGCGAGCUUUGAUCAAAGUAAAAGUGGAAAGUUUAGACUGGAUGUCUUCAUAUCACUUUGUAUAUUCUUACAAUCAGCAAGAAUUCUGUUUAAUUCAUUUGAUACUGCAAAACAAGGAAGAAUUACUCUUGAUCUGAACCAGUUUGUAUGUUGUACUUCCAAUUGUAGAAUAUGAUUCAACUCUAAGAGG